GAUUGUAACCAUUUCAUUGAUAAAUGAUCGCUGUUCAAGUUAAUCAAAUUUUCUCAGUUCUCAAAAACUUAAACUAUGUUUUUCCAAUCGAUCAUAAGUUUAUCAUUAUUAAUUGUUGUCCAAGUUAAUUGUCAUUAUAAUCAUUUAGAUCCAUUUUUAAAUAGUGUCCACGAAAUUAUCGUUCGUACCAACAAGGGAAUUCAUUACGUUGAAUAUUUCGCAGCCAAAUAUGGACCAAUAGAGGUUCGAGAGGUUCCUAAUUUUGACGAUACUUAUUCACUGUUAAUUCCUGCAGCUAAUAAAUAUACUCGAAGUCUCGAUAUAAUUAAAGAUUUAGCCGCUGAUGAGGGAAUUGAAUUUACCGAACCACAGAUUCCAUUAGAAAGAUAUAAACGAGGUUCAUUAACAAUUAAUUCAUCUUUAACUUCAUCUCAAAAGACAAUUAAUCAUAAAGAGAAUCAUGUUGUUGUUAAUCGGAAUGUUGAUUAUCUUAAUCAUGAUAAUCUUUAUCAUCAUGAGGUUAAUGCGAAUGAUGAGGAUCAAUUGACAGAGAAAAUUUUAGGAAUGAGACAAAUGGAACCAGUCCCAUUGUUUAGUGAUACUCGAAGUGCGGAAACAGUUCAACCGAUUCCGGAAGUUGGUAAUCCAGUUAAGAAGGCGGCAUUAAGGUUUAACGAUAAACUUUUCAUGGCUCAAUGGUAUAUCACCAAUGAGAUUAACAGUGUAGCCCGAAGUCAUAAAAUAAUGGAGGCUUGGUCACAUGGAUACACUGGCAAGGGGAUUACGGUUGCGAUUCUUGAUGAUGGUCUUGAACACACUCACAGUGAUUUGAAGCCAAAUUAUAAUCCGAUGGCAAGUUAUGAUUUUAACGAUGAAGAUUUUGAUCCAAGUCCACGGGUGGGAACUGACAAUGGUCAUGGGACACGAUGUGCUGGUGAAAUCGCAAUGAGCGCGAAUAAUUUUCUCUGCGGUGUUGGAAUAGCUUUUAAUGCUAAAAUUGCUGGCAUCAAAUUGUUGGAUGGUACGAUAACCGAUGCCAUUGAGGGUCGGAGUUUGGCCUACAAAUAUCAGUUUGUUGAUAUUUACAGUGCAUCUUGGGGUCCAGCCGAUAAUGGGGAAACUGUUGAAGGACCAAAAAGAUUGGCCCAAGAAGCUUUACUUCGAGGUGUUACUUAUGGUCGCCGUGGUCGUGGGUCAAUUUAUGUUUGGGCUUCGGGAAAUGGUGGUAAUAAUGAUGAUAAUUGUAACUGUGAUGGUUAUGCCAGUUCAAUUUAUACAAUGUCCAUCGGAAGUGUAACACAAAAUGGAUCUUUUCCUUGGUAUGGUGAGAGAUGUGGAUCAACAAUAGCGGUGACCUAUUCGAGUGGUGGUAAAGGUGAAGGUAAAGUCGCAACAACGGACAUUGGUAAUUCUUGUACACAAGAUCACACAGGGACUUCGGCUGCUGCACCAAUAGCGGCGGGAAUUAUGGCUCUCUAUUGGAAUCAAAGUAAUCCCAAUCUUAAUUGGCGAGAUGUUCAACAUUUAGUUGUUUGGACUUCACAAGUUUACGCCUUAAGAGCUAAUCCAGGGUGGAAACGGAACGGAGCUGGACUUUUGUACAAUGAUCGCUUUGGAUAUGGUCUUUUGGACGCUGAUUUAUUAACUCGAUGGUCCAAGGGAUGGCCAACGGUUCCUCCACAGCGAUUCUGUAAUGUUGGACUUCAAUUGAAAGAGCCUUUGAAAAUCUCCAGUGAAUCUAAACUUCGGGUGGCUUUUAAUGUCAGCGGAUGUCGAGGUUCAAUUGGUGAAGUUAAUUUUGUUGAACACGUACAAUUAAUGGCGACCAUUGAUUAUCCAUUGAGAGGAGCACUUGAAAUUGAAUUGUUUUCACCGUCAAAUACCAGUUCAAUCUUAUUGGGCUCAAGACGGAAGGAUAAAUCAUCGGAAGGUUUUCAGAAUUGGCUUUUCACUUCAGUCCACUUUUGGGCAGAAAGACCAUACGGUUAUUGGACACUGGAAAUCAGAGAUAAUCAACCAAAGAAACGAUCAGGAACCAUAACAAAAUUAUCUCUCUUUGUAUUUGGUACCAGAGAGAAACCUUACCACAUGAAUCGUAAACGACACUAUGAUAAUAUUGGAGAAUCCAAUUCAUUUGAAGAAAACAAUUCCAUCAACUAAAUAGAAAACCCAAAAUCUAAUUAAAAUACAAAAUUGAAAACGAAAAACAAAAACAAAUCAAAUAAUCAAAAUAAAGUCACAAAAGAAAAAAUAAAUAAACAAAACCCAAGAAAAGGAGCAAAACAAAAACAAAAACAAAGACAAUUACAAAAAUAUUCACUAAACAGGGAAAACAUCAAUUCAAACUUGUAACUUACCUUUUCCAUAAUAAAAAAGAAACAAAAAAAAACUCCAAUCAAUUGCCAACAAUUAAGAAACAAUUAAUGAGCAAAAAAUGAACAUCGAUCAAAACUCAAAUGUUAAAAGAAAAACAAAACCAUAGAUUCAAACGCCGCGCCGGUCGAUCGCCAUUCGCGUAACCAUGGCAACCAUAUAGGGUAGUCGAUCCUUGGAAAGCUGAACCUUGAGGAUCAUCCACUAAUUUCAUUGUGUCCUCAUCAUCACUGCUAAAUUUUGUCUUUGUCCCUUGAUUUAGUUUUAAUUGGAAACAAUUAAAUUUAAGUUUUUCUUUUCUUUUAUAA